UGAUUUAGAUUCUUGUUAAAAACAGUGUCUCCAGCUUCUUAUUGCCCUAUAAUUGUUUUGAGUUUUUUUUUGGGGGGGAGGGGGGGUACUUUAGUAUCAAUUCUAGAUCUGUAUUGUUAAAUUUGCUUUGGAGAUGUAGAUUUAGUUUUAGAAAUCUCGAAUGCUAUAAUUAGCUUUUGAUGUUUCAGUUUUUAUCUUACUUGCAGUUUGAAGCUCAGGUUUGGGAAUCAUUUGAUAAUUUGAGGCUUGGAAGUCUUUUUUGUAUGGUAAAAUAGAAGUUGCUUUGGAUCUGAACCAGACGGUGAAAUUUGAUUUAAUAAAGUUGGAAAGAUGCAAACAAGGGUGGUUCCGUUGGAGGAAGGCAAAGACCCUUCACUUAUAAACAAGACGAAUCAAUCGAGGGCGUUGCCGCUGAGGCUAUUUCAGUUAUUUGGUUUGUUUCUGGCUUUGUGUAUCGCCUUUACAUUCAUUAGUAUUUACACAAUUCGUUUUUUUGGAGUCCAGAGUGUAGUGACAACGGUUAAGUCCAAUUUUGAGCCAUGCUUUGAAAAAGAAAAACCGAAUGGUUUGGAUAAUUGGAUAAAACCUCCAUCAAAUUUAAUGCACACUAUGAGCGAUAAAGAGCUUUUGUGGAGAGCAUCAUUUGUUCCUCGAAUAAAGAAGUACCCCUUUAGGAGAGUUCCAAAAAUUGCGUUUAUGUUUUUGACAAAGGGGCCACUCCCACUUGGACCUCUUUGGGAGAAGUUCUUGAAGGGGCAUGAAGGGCUAUAUUCGAUCUAUGUUCAUUCAUUGCCCACGUACGAGGCUAAAUAUCCAUCAUCAUCAAUUUUUUAUGGGAGACAAAUUCCAAGUCAGAUCUCUGAAUGGGGAAGAAUGAGCAUGUGUGAUGCAGAGAGAAGACUUCUUGCUAACGCAUUGCUUGAUAUCUCCAAUGAGUGGUUCAUACUCGUCUCCGAAUCCUGCAUUCCACUAUAUAACUUCUCCGUCAUCUACCACUACAUAAUGAGAUCCAAAUAUAGUUUCAUGGGUGCAUUUGAUGACCCUGGACCAUAUGGGAGAGGGCGUUAUAAUGAGAACAUGGCUCCCGUGGUGAACAUUUCCCAGUGGCGUAAAGGAUCCCAGUGGUUUGAAGUUAACCGAAAGCUGGCAGUCAACAUUGUGGAAGAUACUACAUUUUAUCCAAAAUUUGAACAGUUCUGUCGACCAGCAUGUUAUGUGGAUGAACACUAUUUUCCCACGAUGCUAGCCAUUCUAGUGCCAAAUCUCUUAGCAAACAGAAGCCUCACUUGGGUGGACUGGUCAAGGGGAGGAGCUCAUCCAGCUACAUUCGGAAGAAAUGAUAUCACAGAAGAAUUUUUCCUCCAUAAAGUUUUCGAAGGUCAACAGUGCACAUACAAUAGCCAGCCCUCUUCAACUUGUUUUCUUUUCGCAAGAAAAUUUGCACCAAGUGCUUUAGACCCUCUGAUGAAUAUAUCAUCAAAAGUUUUUGGCUUCUGAGAACUGAAUUAACCUUUCAAUUCCGAAUUCUGAAAGAAUGCUAGAAACAGAUGAAAAAGGUCAGUAGGAGCUCGUCUUCUUCAUCCCUUGCAUCAUACAUGUGGAUUAUGUUCUAGUUUUAGUCACUUUGAUGAUUAUACUUCAAUUCUUAGCCGCCCGUGAUGAAGCAUCUUAUUAUUAUGUGUA